CCCUGUUCCUUGGCAUCCCUGGAUCUAGAAACUGCUUUUCGUGUUUCGUUUUUGUCCUGGAUCUCCCAUAGCUAUGAUAUUUUAUUCUACUCUAUCUCCAAACUGCUUCUUCUGAAAGACACGACACACUGGUGGAUGCAGACUAUAGUCCCAAGAGCUCUAGCAGCACUACUUUUGAUUCAAUGGCUACGGCCUCUACAAUUUCCUCGAAAGCUGUUGUUCCAUCUUCUAGCCAUGUUGUACCAGCCACUACUAAUCUCCCCGAUCCUAACAUUGGUUCGACUACCCCUGGACGAGGUAAAGGACUGAGCAAUGGAACGCUUGCGGGUGCGAUUGUCGGAUCCAUUGCUGGUACAGCAUUACUGGUCUUCUUGGCCGCAUGGCUCUUCUUUCGCAAAUCCCAGAACACACGCAGCGGCUUCAGGCGAUAUGAGGGAGGAGAAUAUACUACGGCAGCAAUGGAGAAGGCUGGCCGUUCUGAUCAUCCCGAUCAGAAUAGACUUCCUAGUGCUGAGCUGAAAGCAACGGGAGCCAAUGAUCAAAUCUUUUCGGGCAAUACUGGCGAGAAAUGGUUAUUAACAAGCAGUCUGUCGAGAUAUAUCCCAGAACCAGCAAGCGAUGAGACUGUUGUUAAACAUGCUUUGACGUUUUUUGAUCAGGCCAGUCUUCACGUGGACAACUAUUAUUCUCAGACACUGUCGGUCUCUUCGCUGCUAAGUUCUGGAAAGACUUCACAGAUAUCCGACUUUGGCACGCCUUACCUUCCUGGAUCUUUGACUUCUCUCCUGGAAAACUCCACGACACGCCGGUUAAUCAUCACGCAUACUCUUGUGCACUCUCUUCUGCAGGCAAUACAGCCACACAGCGCGGCAAGAGAAUCAUUGCUACCCUUACCCUUCACAAUUGGUCCACUGAAACAAGUGCAGCAGGCUAUCAACUCUGAUAAAGAAUUGAGCCAAGCUUUCUAUACAUGGCGUAUGUUAACAGCUUACCUAUCUCAACUUGCAACACCUGAAGCUGCGAAAAGAAACUUGGCCGUGCAAGAUACGGCGGUUCAUAAAUUUGUUGAAACCUUCACCUCCUCCUUCGCCCCAUACGCUGACUCAUCACACUCACGAGGAAACCGUGUUCGUCACUUGGGAACCGUGACGACAACUGCUGCUGACUUGGGACGUUGGCUUUUUGGCCAACCUUGUACGUUUGAAUUCGUCUACACCAGCCCGGCUGGGAGUGGCGAAAUUGUAGUGUUGCCUGCAAUUGUGAAGGUGCUUGACGAAGAAGGGCAGCGUUUAGCAAACAAAGUGAUUUUGUGCGAAGCAGUUACUGCGAAGUUGUAAACGUGCUUCUUCGCUGAAUUUGUAAUUUUUCUGAAACUAUUUGUUUACAUAGACACCGCAUCAAAUGAAAACUGUUGAGCCGUAG